AAAAGGAAUCAUAUAACUUUGCUUUUUGACUUUAUUGCUUCAAUUUUCAAUAUACUUUGAAACAAUCCCUUAGAGAAUAUCUUAAGAAAAUUCAUCUCUACAACAAUGGCUUCUAAUAUCAACUUGUCACUAUUUCUCCUCCUCUUCCUAGCACACUAUGCAUUUGUUAAUGGAGAUGCAACUUUGAUCAAAAGCACUUGCAAGAACACCAAGUACUACAAUCUAUGUUUCUCUUCCCUCAAAUCCAAUCCUAGCAGUCCAAAUGCAGACACAAAGGGCUUAGCUGUGAUCAUGGUUGGAAUUGGAAUGACAAAUGCUACUUCCACUUCUUCAUAUUUGUCUUCUAAGUCUCUUACUCCUACCAACAACAACACUUUGAAAAGUGUUCUCAAAGAGUGUGCAGAUAAGUACUCUUAUGCUAGUGAUUCACUCCAAGCUUCAGUGCAAGAUUUGGCUAAUGAAGAAUAUGAUUAUGCUUAUAUACACAUCACUGCAGCCAAAGAUUAUCCAAAUGUUUGUCAUAAUGCAUUCAAAAGGGUUCCUGAUUUAGUUUACCCUCAUGAACUUGCUAGUAGAGAAAAUGGUUUGAAGCAUAUUUGUGAUGUGGCUAUGGGGAUUAUUGAUAAUCUCAUCAAUUUGUAGGUGCAUGCAUUUUCUUAUUAUUUCCACUUUGUAA